AUGGUGUUCCGUGGAGCAGCCUUGCUGCUGCUGCUGCUGUCUCUUAUCACCAUUGCCCUUUGCGCCGAGGACUACUACAACCUCCUCGGCAUCGACAAGCAGGCAUCGGAUCGUGAGAUCAAGUCUGCAUACCGCAAGCUCAGCAAGAAGUACCACCCGGACAAGAACCCGUAUGCAGCUCCCUCCUCAUCUCCUCUUACCCCUUGCCCUGCCCCUCCACCUGGCGAUGAGACGGCGAAAGAGAAAUUCGUCGAAGUAUCCGAGGCGUACGAGGCCUUGAUCGACCCCGAGCAGCGCCGCAUCUACGACCGGUACGGCUUCGACGGUCUCAAGCAGCACCAGCAGCAGGGCGGCGGUGGCCAGCACCACGACCCCUUUGACGUCUUCUCGCGCUUCUUCGGCGGCGGCGGCCACUAUGGGCACCAGCCCGGCGUGCGCACGGGGCCCGACGUCAACGUCAAGGUCGGCAUCGCCCUGCGCGACUUCUACAACGGCCGCACCACCGAGUUCCAGUGGGACAAGCAGCACAUCUGCGAGGACUGCGAGGGCACCGGCUCGGCCGACGGCACCGUCGACACGUGCCAGCACUGCCAGGGCCGCGGCAUCCGCAUCGUCAAGCACCAGCUCGCCCCCGGCAUGUACCAGCAGGUCCAGAUGCAGUGCGACGCCUGCGGCGGCCGUGGCAAGUCCAUCCGCCACAAGUGCCCGACCUGCAACGGCGCCCGCGUCGAGCGCAAGCCCACGACCGUCCAGAUCAAGAUCGACCCCGGCGCCGCCCGCGACUCGCAGAUUGUCUACGAGAACGAGGCAGACGCGAGCCCCGACUUUGUCGCCGGCAACCUCGUCGUCACCCUCGCCGAGAAGGAGCCCGAGCUCGAAGGCACCGACAACCCUGACCGCGUUGACGGUGUCUUCUUCCGCCGCAAGGGCGACGACCUGUACUGGCGUGAGGUGCUGUCGCUGCGCGAGGCCUGGAUGGGGCGAGGGGCGAGGUUGUCCAGCCCAACUUUGUAG